GUCAUCUACACACAGGACGUUACUGACGUGAUCAAAACGAGACAAAAAGAGUUUUUGUCAAUCUUUCGAGGGGAAUAUUAUGUCAAAAUCUUAUCAUGGGUAUUCAUCGACAGCGAAAACACGACUUGCACUCGAAGGACUAUGAUCUUGCCACAGAGAGCUAGGUAGUGGAAAAACCCGAGAAGCCUGCUGCAUUUGAUAUUGAGUUCACAUCAUGUACCUCAGGCUGCCAUUAUGAGGUUCCCAAAGCUAGCUUUCUUCUUUAUGUUUGUGGUCUGCCUGGUGGUCUACCUCACCUAUGUCAAACGGCAUUAUGAUGACUCCAAAGCACCAGUGUCUGACCAGCUGCCCCAGCAUAGUAUGGAUGCUCAAAAACAGUCGACCUCAGCUCAGGUGGUCAGUGAAAAUUUCCAGUAUGGCAUUAUGUUUGAUGCUGGAAGCACUGGAACCCGGAUUCACAUCUUCAAAUUUCAGAUCGAGCCAAAUGAAGCUCCUAAAUUAGCCCAUGAGACAUUUAAAGCUAUAAAACCUGGACUGUCUGCAUAUGCUGAUGACCCAGAAAAGAGUAAGGAAGGACUGUUGGAACUGUUAAAUAUUGCUAAAGAGACUGUUCCUGAGACAUUAUGGAGCUCUUCCCCUGUCAUGCUCAGAGCCACAGCAGGGCUCAGACUGCUGCCUGGUGAGAAGGCCACAAUCCUGCUGGACAAGGUAAAGGAGGUGUUUAGCGAAUCCUUGUUCCUGUAUAGACCAGACAGUGUGUCAAUAAUGGAUGGUACAGAUGAAGGCAUGUCAGCUUGGAUUACCGUCAAUUUUUUGUUAGGUGGUCUUCAUGGUACUGAGACUCCCACAGUAGGCAUGCUGGAUUUAGGAGGGGGCUCGACCCAGAUCACCUUCGCACUACAGGAAGAAAAAACCAUCCAGACCUUACCCAUUGAUUACGUGACAUCGUUUCAGAUGUUUAACAUCAGUCACGCGCUCUACUCACACAGUUACCUUGGCCUGGGGUUGAUGUCAGCCAGACUUGCUGUGUUGGGAGGGAUUGAAGCACAGCCUUUGGCAGGACCCCAAGAGCUGGUUAGUCCAUGUCUUGCCCCAGAUUACUCUGGACAGUGGGAGCAUGCUGAAGUACUCUACACUGUUAAAGGGCAAAAAGCAGGGGAGCCCAUCUAUGAGACUUGCCUUACGAAAGUGGAAAAGAUGAUCUACAAACGUGUGAAAAAAAUCGAGGGAGUGAAAGACAUGGACUUCUACGCAUUCUCCUACUACUACGACAAGGCUGUGGAUCUGGGCCUCAUUGAGGAAAGCACAGGGGGGACUGUCAGAGUCAGUGAUUACAUUGAAGGUGCUAAAAAAGUGUGCAAUAACAUGUCAGCCGGAGGGAUAAAGGAGUCUCCGUUCCUGUGUUUGGAUCUGACCUACAUCUCGGUACUCCUUCAGGAGCUUGACUUCCCGCCCGAUAAAGAGCUGAAGUUGGCAAGACGAAUAAAUAACGUGGAAACUAGCUGGGCCCUCGGUGCCACGUUCCAUUGCAUCGAGUCACUCCGUAAGCAUGGGGCGUGCUGAAAACACUCGCAACAUUUGUACGCUCCACAACCCAGUAUAGCACUGACAGAUUUUUUAAUGCUCUGGGAAAAUAUCAAUAUUGAUUGUAUUUGCCAUUUUGUCUUUGAAUUUAUUCAAAAUGUGAGUUUUUAUACAUACCUCUGACUUUCUGAAUGUUUCUGUUUUGUUAUUAGAUAUGUGUAAAGGUAAAAUGUAUGUACCGGUUUGGGUGUUUACAGCAUGUCAGAAUCCUAUUAGUCAGGGUUAAUUAUAUAAAACUGAUCAAAAACACAUGAUUGCCUCAAGCUCAGAGUUCAUGUUAUUUCAGUUUUAUUUUAUAUUUAAUUAUUUUGUAGCUUGUAGAUUGAUUUAAUAUAUUCCACACAGUAUGUUUAAACAAACCAUGUACUUAGUAUUAAGUAUUAUCUGCUCUCAGAGGAAAGAAAAACAGAUCAGAGCUGUUGUUGUCCAUAUACAUUUCUCCUGUAGUUGUAAACUUGCGAUUUAAUGUGCACAGUAUUAAACAUACGAAAUAUGUUUAGUAAAAUGCCAUAUAAAUAUAAUCUGAGGAUGUUGAAAACCUUGCUUUGUGUGAAGUGUUGAGAAAGGGCAAUUGCACAUAAAGUUCACAAGAAGGUCCUAAAGUGAGAUAGCAGGAUGUGGUCUGCCUUGUGUUCGCUUAUUGUUUUCACCUGUUCAGACAUGCUGCUGUUCUUUCUUGGCACCAGCAGGUGUCACAACACUAAAGCUUGCAGGUGGUUGGACAGCCCAAAUGUCACAAUAUAUUACUCACAGGAUGUUGUAUUGAGAUUUUUAGAAAUUGCAGUUCAUUGCCAAAUCUGUAGAGCAAUUACACAAUACCUUUUCCUUGUCUGUGGACCUGAAGUAACGUAUCUAUCUCAGGGAAACAUAAGAGGCAAAUGAUGGCUAUAUAAGAAUGGCAGUGGAAACCCUUGUCCAGUUGAGGUCAAAAGUUUACACACUCCUUUCGGAAUCUACAAAAUGUUAAUUAUUUUACCAAAAUAAGAGGGAUUAUACAAACUGCAUGUUAUUGUUUAUUUAGAACUGGCCUGAAUAAGAUAUGUCACAUAAAAGAUGUUUAAAUAUAGUCCACAAGAGAAAAUAAUAGUUGAAUUUAUAAAAAUUGCCCUGUUCAAAAGUUUACAUACGCUUGUUUCUUAAUACUGUGUUGUUAUCUGAAUGAUCCACAGCUGUGUUUGUUUGUUUAGUGAUAGUUGUUUAUGAGUCCCUUGUUUGUCCUUAACAGUUAAACUGCCCGCUGUUCUUCAGAAAAAUCCUUUAGGUCCCACAAAUUCUUUGGUUUUCCAGCAUUUUUGAGUAUUUGAACCCUUUCCAACAUUGACUGUAUAAUUGAGGACAACUGAGGGACUCAUAUGCAACUAUUACAUAAGGUUCACUGAUGCUCCAGAAGGAAAAAUGAUGCAUUAAGAACAGGGGUGUGAACUUUUGAACGUAAUGGAGAUGUGUACAUUUUUCUUAUUUUGCCUAAAUAUCAUUUUUUCAUUUAGUACUGCCUUUCAGAGGCUACAGCAGUUAGUUGCAUGUUUCCCAAAAGACAAAAAAAAAUGACAUUUACCCUGAUCUUCAAAUUAAAAAAAGUUUUCAGCCCCCUGCUAUAUGCAUGUUUUUUCCUUCUGAAGCAUUAGUGAGUGUUUGAACCUUCUGUAAUAGUUGCAUAUGAGCCCCUCAUUUGUCCUCGGUGUAAAAAUGAUUUCAAUUAAACUACUUGUGGACUAUAUGUAAACAUCUUUUAUGUAAAAUGUCUUAUUCUGGUCAGUACUAAAUAAACAAUACCAUUCAUUUUGUA